CAGAGUAGAACUGCCCCGUGGAGUUUCGAAAGAGCACCUGGUGGAUUCGAACUGCCAGCCUUCUGGUUAGCAGCCAUAGCUCUUAAUCACUAUGCCACCAGGGUUUCCAAGUGCUAUGUAAGCACUAACCCAACCCAGUGCCGUCGAGUUGAUUCCGACUCAUAGUGACCCUAUAGGACAGAGUAGAACUGCCCCAUAGUUUCCAAGCACUAGCUAUUAAUAUUAUUAGUUAUUGUCCAAACAUACCAUGAACUUUUCUGUCUCAGGGCCUUUGCACUUACUGUUCCCUCUGUCUAGAAUGUUCUUUACCCAGAUUUUCCCAUGGUUUUCACUCUCAUUUCAUUCAAAUCUCUGUACAAAUGUCCCUUCUUUAGAGAAGGCUUAGCUGACUACUGUAUUUAAAAUAGUACUAUUUCUCUAUCACUAUCUAUCUCUUUUCCCUGCUUUAUAUUUUUUAUAAUACAUACCACCACUUGAAAGUGUAUCAUAUAUUUAUUUGUUUAUAUGCCUAUUCCUAUUAGAAUGCCAGAUCCUUGACACCACUGCUGUAUUGCCAGCCCCAAGAACAAUGCCUAGCAUGUAGUAGAUACUAGACAAAUACAUUUUUGAAAAGAUUGGGUGGAUGGAUGAUUGUAUGGAUGAAUGGAGGGACAUGUGGUUGGGUACAAAAAUGGGUGGACGAAUGGAUGGAUUUGUGGAUAGGUUGAUCAAUAAAUGGGUGAAUGGUUGGGUGAAUGAAAGGAUGGAUGAAUGGACUGAUAGAUAGACAGAUGGAUUAAUUUGUAGAUGAAAGGAGUGGAUGGAUGAAUGGAGGAGUGGUCAAUAAAUGUACAUAUGGAUGGAUGAAAGAAGGAGUGGUUGGAUGGAUAGGGAGUGGAUGGAUGGAUAGAUGAGUGGGAGGUUGGGUGGGUGGAUAGAUGGGUCAAUAAAUGGAUGGAUGGGCAGAUGAAUGGAUAGAGUAGAUGGGUGGAUGGAGGGGUCAGUGGAUGGAGGGGUGGGGGCUCCCUGGCCUGGUUGGUCCUGGGCUGCUCAGUUGCUGGCUUUGCCAUAUAUCUCUCCUCUAUGCCUUGCUGUAUCUAUGUGUAAGAUGGACGGAUGGAUGGGUGGAUGCGUGGAUGGAUGGAUGGAUGGGUAGAUGGGUGGGUAGAUGGGUGGAUGGAUGCAUGGGUGGAUGGGUGGAUAGAUGGAGGAGAUGGAUGGAUGAAUAAAGAGGUUGAUGGAAGGGGGAGAGAUUGGAUAGAUGGAUGCUCUGGUGAGGGAUCAUUCUGAACUCUGCCCUUGUCACUUUUGUUUUCCAGGCCACCCCCCACCUGUCCUGCCCCUGUGUGCCUCUGUGUCUUUGCUGGGUGGCCUGACCUUUGGAUAUGAACUGGCUGUCAUAUCGGGAGCCCUGCUGCCACUGCAGCUUGACUUUGGGCUAAGCUGCUUGGAGCAGGAGCUCCUAGUGGGCAGCCUGCUCCUGGGGGCCCUCCUCGCCUCCCUGGUAGGGGGCUUCCUCAUCGACUGCUAUGGCAGGAAACAAGCCAUACUUGGGAGCAACAUGGUGCUGUUGGCAGGCAGCCUGAGCCUGGGCCUGGCUGGCUCCCUGACCUGGCUGGUCCUGGGCCGCUUAGUGGCUGGCUUUGCCAUCUCUCUCUCUUCCAUGGCCUGCUGCAUCUACGUGUCAGAGCUGGUGGGGCCAAGGCAGCGGGGAGUGCUGGUGUCCCUCUAUGAGGCAGGCAUCACUGUGGGCAUCCUGCUGUCCUACGCCAUCAACUAUGCACUGGCCAGUGCCCCCUGGGGAUGGAGGCAUAUGUUUGGCUGGGCUGCUGCACCUGCUCUCCUGCAGUCCCUCAGCCUCCUCUUCCUCCCUGCGGGUGUGGCUGAGGCUGCAGCCCAUAAGGACCUCAUACCACUGCAGGGAGGUGAGACUACCAAGCUGGGCCUGGGCAGGCCAAGAUACUCCUUUCUGGACCUCUUCAGGGCACGGGACAAUAUGCGAGGCCGGACCAUGGUGGGGCUGGGGCUGGUGCUUUUCCAGCAGCUAACAGGGCAGCCCAAUGUGCUGUGCUAUGCCUCUACCAUCUUCCGCUCAGUGGGCUUCCAUGGGGGAUCCUCGGCAGUGCUGGCCUCUGUGGGGCUUGGUGUGGUGAAGGUGGUGGCAACUCUGACCGCCAUGGGGCUGGUGGACCGGGCGGGCCGCAGGGCCCUGUUGCUAGCCGGCUGUGCCCUCAUGGCCCUGUCAGUCAGCGGCAUAGGCCUCGUCAGCUUUGCCUCACCCAUGGACUCAGGCCCAAGCUGCCUGGCCAUGCCCAAUGCCACCAGGCUGCCUGGCCUCCACAGGGACUCCAGCCUGCCAAUGGGUUCCUUUCUACCUACACUGCCAAGAACCCACAAGAACCAAAGGGAGCCAGUCUUGUCAGCCUCUAAGAAAACCAAGCCCCGUCCUAGAGCCGGAGACUCUAUGGCCGCUCCCCUGCUGAUCCCGAGCACAGCCUCCCCGGUAGCCCCUUCUGCCCCAGGGCACACAGUGCUGCACUGGACCACACUGGUCUGCUUGAUGGUCUUUGUGAGCGCUUUCUCCUUCGGAUUUGGACCAAUGACGUGGCUUGUCCUCAGUGAGAUCUACCCUGUAGAGAUCCGAGGGAGAGCCUUCGCCUUCUGCAACAGCUUCAACUGGGCCGCCAACCUCUUCAUCAGCCUGUCCUUCCUCGAUCUCAUCAGCAGACUCCACAACAUGGUGGCCAAGAUGGCCGCCCUUGGAUCUCUUCAGCUUGGAAGGAGAGCAAGUCUGCCCAGCGGCUCUAGCCAGUCAGCCUCCUCAAUCCAUGGACCGAGAGUAGGCGAGGGGUGUUUCCCCAAAGGAAAGUUGGAGUGCUGGUGCCAUUGGCUUGUCCUUGACUUUCCUGCUCUACGGGCUGACUGCUGUCCUCGGCCUGGGCUUCAUCUAUUUAUUCGUCCCCGAAACAAAAGGCCAGUCAUUGGCAGAAAUAGACCAGCAGUUCCAGAGGACACGCAGGUUCACCCUGGGCUUUGGCUGCAGGCAGAGCUCAGCUGGCAUCCAAUACAGACGCAUCGAAGUCUCCUCAGCUUCCUGAAGUGUCCAUCUGCCCAGAAGACACUGGAACCAUGGCUUCACACAACAAAAUCCAGCAUGGGCCUUGCCUUUAAGUUGCUAGUCGUCUCUUUGGGGACAUAAGUUUUAAAUGAGUGGAACUAAAGUAGAAUUCCAAAGUCGUAUGCACCAAAAUUCAAGCAGUGUCACAGCCAAUAUAGUGGGCACCAGGAGCUGUUUCCAGGAGGGUGCAGGGUGGCUUACAGAAAGAUGGGUUUGGAGGCUGGCAAACUUGGUUGCCAAUGUUGCCUCCACCUCUUGGCAGCUGUUAACCUUGGGUAAGGAAUAACUGCCUUAAGCCUCAGUUCUCUCAUCACUUUUUUGUUAGAUACCCCUAUCUCCCUCCAGGAGAGUCAUCACCUAGUCCCAUUCAGCUAGUCACGGGGUGGGAGAUUUCUGCUCAUCCUUAGUUAGCCAGGUGGCCACCUUAGGGACGUUAGAAAGGGAUGGUCCCUGUUACGGAUUGAAUUGUGUCCCCCCAAAAUGUAUGUCAACUUGGCUAGGCCAUGAUUUCCAGUAUUGAGUGAUUAUCCCCCAUUUUGUCAUCUGAUGUGAUUUUCCUAUGUGUUGUAAAUCCUACUUCUAUGAUGUUAAUGAGGUAGGAUUAGAGGCAGUUAUGUCAAUGAGGCAGGACUCAAUCUACAAGUUUAGGUUGUAUCUUGAGUCAAUCUCUUUUGAGAUAUAAAAGAGAAAAGAGAGACAAGGCGACCUCCUACCACCAAGAAAGCAGAGCCGGGAGCUAAGUGCAUCCUUUGGACCCGGUGUCCCUGGGCUGAGACACUCCUAGACCAGGGGAAGAUGGAUGACAAGGACCUUCACCCAGAACUGACAGAGAGAGAAAGCCUUCCCUGGCAGCUGGCACCCUGAAUUCAGACUUCUAGACUCCUAGACUGUGAGAGAAUAAACCUCUGUUUAUUAAAGCCAUC